UCGUCGUGCUCCGGCCCAGCGGUUGCAGCCAUGGCGUCGGGCGAAUACAGCCGGACAAUCAGCAAGAACGACGUGAACUACAAGAUGCACUUCCGCAUGAUCAACGAGCAGCAGGUGGAGGAUAUCACCAUCGACUUCUUCUACAAACCCCACACAAUCACCCUGCUCACCUUCGCCAUCAUCAGCGUCAUGUACUUCGCCUUCACCAGGGAUGAUUCCACUCUGGAAGACAAUAUACGGACGGGCGUUCUCUCUGUGGUGUUCUUUUUUCUAAUUGUAAGUGUAUUGACAUUUCCUAAUGGUCCCUUCACCCGACCACAUCCAGCAAUAUGGAGGAUGGUUUUUGGUUUCAGCGUGUUAUAUUUUCUUUUCCUGGUCUUCCUGCUGUUCCUGAACUUCGAGCAAGUCAAAUCCGUCAUGUAUUGGCUGGAUCCUAAUCUGCGCUAUGCCACGCGUGAAUCGGACGUUAUGGAAUACGCAGUGAACUGUCACGACAUAACUUGGGAAAGGAUUCUCAGCCAUUUUGACAUCUUUGCCUUUGGACACUUCUGGGGCUGGGCGAUGAAAGCCUUGCUGAUACGCAGCUAUGGCCUGUGCUGGACUAUCAGCAUCACCUGGGAGUUGACUGAGCUGUUCUUUAUGCAUCUGUUGCCGAACUUUGCGGAAUGCUGGUGGGAUCAGGUCAUUCUUGACAUCUUGCUGUGCAAUGGUGGUGGCAUCUGGCUAGGAAUGGUGGUCUGUCGCUUUCUAGAGAUGAGAACCUAUCACUGGGGAAGUUUCAAAGCCAUUCACAGUACGAGCGGAAAGCUGAAGCGGGCAGUGCUGCAGUUUACUCCGGCCAGCUGGACAUACGUCCGCUGGUUUGACCCCAAAUCCUCCGUUCAGCGAGUGGCUGGAAUUUACCUCUUUCUAAUUAUCUGGCAGCUGACUGAGCUCAACACGUUUUUCUUGAAGCACAUCUUUGUAUUUCAAGCAAGCCACGCCCUGAGUUACGGGCGAAUCCUCUUCAUUGGUGUGAUCACCGCACCGACCGUACGGCAGUAUUACGCAUAUCUCACUGACAGUCACUGCAAAAGAGUGGGAACACAAUGCUGGGUGUUUGGUGCCAUUUCCUUUCUGGAAGCAAUAGUGUGCAUCAAGUCUGGCCAAGAUCUGUUCUCUAAAACCGUGGGAUUGUACGUCAUCCUUUGGCUUCUUUGCAUGGCUUUGAUUACCUUCCUUUGCCUUGCGGGAAUGGUGUGGUACGCUGAACACACGGGUCAACACGACAAGAACCUCUCAGAAUCCGAGUAUGAAGAGAUGUCUAACAGCGAUGAUUUCUCACCACUGCCUUAUGACACAUACGCUAAAGGUGACAGAAGCUGUGAAGUGACGAACGUGAAUGUAGCAGAAAAGAGUGCAACAAGGCGUAAAAAAUACUCUGGCAGAAGUAAGACGAGCAAUGGCGUUGGCAGGAAGUAAGGAGAGAUGGAAUCUACCUUCCAUAUGAAUAUUGGGAGCUGGAUGUGAAAGCAUUCGGGAUGCCAGCAAACGGAAGAAAACUAUUGGAGUAACUUGCUAUUUCAGUAGCUUGAUGUCUGGUGUUUGAAGACUAAGCAGUUGUGUUGUUUUGCAGUGGAUUGUAAUGCAGAGGCUUAAAAUGGGCCUACAUUCGUUCUUGCAGGUUUUUCUUUAAGGUGCAAAGAAGAGAAGAAAUUCUGGAAGCCUCUAUAUAUAUAUUUUUUUACUGCAAGAAGAUGGACACAAAAUGCUGGAGUAACUCAGCGGGACAGGCAGCACCUCUGGAGAGAAGGAACGGGCGACGUUUUGGGUCGAGACC